CUUCCUUAGCCUUCUUGUCCUUCCCAGCUCUCUUUUUGCUUCUUCAUCAGAUCGAUGCUUCAACGACGUCGUCCUAAUCUCCUCCUUCCCUUCUUUGCCUUGAUUUUCUGCGCGUUAUGGAUCCUCAACGGCGUCGUUUCGGACCCACAGACCUAUCUUCUUAAGAGUGAGUGCAACUCAUACUUCAUUUCCAACGUAUUCGUCGGCUACAACGUCUCCGUCUUUGAUGAAAACCUAAACGCAACGUUUCGAGACAUCAGAAAGCAGAUCAAUGACCAGAACAAGCACUUCGCCACCGCACGGCAAGACCAUGGAGGAAACCCCGUUGCCACGCUUUUUCAAUGUAGGAACUACCUCUCCGUCGCAGACUGUGUCGUGUGCUUCGAUAUGGCCGCCGAGCAAAUCCGAAAAUGUGCCUCCGGUACCUCCGGUGCCCAUGUCAUCUACGACGGCUGCUUCCUCAGGUUCGACAUCAGCAGCAGUUUCUUUGACGAAACGACGCAAGCUUUCAACAGCACAUCGUGUGGGAAUCAGACUUCUGAAGAACCAGCCACCGUAUUCACCUUAACUGUGGAACAAGUGCUAAUGAAUCUACAGAAAGCAACACCAAGGAUCACUGCCUUCUCGCAGCCACAAAGACGCAAGUGUCUGAUAAUGGUGCAACCAUUUAUGCAUUUGCUCAAUGUAUUCAAACUAUCACACAGAGUAAGUGCGAGGAUUGCUUGAAUACUCAGUACAACAAUAUGCAGACUUGUCUUCCCAAUUCAGAUGGUAGGGCUUAUGCUAAUGGCUGUUUUUUGAGAUAUUCCACCACUUCCUUCUUUCUGAUAACCGUACCAUCGAUAUCACACCCUUCUUCAAACAAGGUCGUUCAAACAAUAAGGGUCCAUUAUUGGUGGAGUUGCUGGAGGUGUAUCUCUUGCUUUGAUCCUCAUUGCAUUGUUAUUUGCCUUGAUUAUUAGACGACGAAAAAACCAAAGAGGGUUCCUAGAGGAGACAUACUUGGGGCAAGCAAUCUGAAUGGUCCAAUUACAUACAGUUACAAGGAUUUGAAGACAGCAACCAAUAAUUUUAGUGAAGAAAAUAAAAUAGGAGAAGGUGGAUUUGGUGUUGUAUACAAGGGCACUUUGUGGAAUGGUAAAGUAGUUGCCAUCAAGAAAUUAGCUUUACAUCACUCCAACAAGAUAGAUGAAGAAUUUGAGAGUGAAGUGAAGCUAAUAAGCCUGUUCACCACCGGAAUCU